AUGGAUAGUAAUUUUACUGGACUGAACGGUACUCAACAUGUGUUUGUGAGAUACAGCAUCGCUGAACUGCACGAGAUAUUUGCACCAACUGCUGCAGCCAUUGACCAGUGUGUUACACCAAUAUUAUAUGUUUGUGGAAUUUUAACCAAUCCGUUAUCUGCCUACAUUUGGCUCAGUCGCAAUACCAGGAAAAAUAAUUCCAGUGCCAUUUAUCUCGGAAUAUUGUCUAUUACUCACUUCUUCUUCAACAUUUUACACAUAUUUGUGGAAUUAAACUAUGCAUGGGGAGUGAAGACCUAUAAUGUGCCGAUAUCCUGCGAGGUAUUUUAUGCCAUAUAUUAUAUCCCUCAAUAUUUACCACCUCUACUGGUUCUAGGUUUUACUGUGGAGAGGUAUAUUGCUAUUUGUUUUCCGUAUAAUAAACAUGAAUAUUGCACAGUUCGACGUGCUGUGCUAGUUAUCAGUGGUUUAACUGUGCUCUCGGUGCUUCUCGGUGUUGUUCAGGCUUACUUCUGGACUUAUGAUCCGGAAAAACAAGAUUGUGAUCAUCGAGCCAGUGCAAGAGAAGGUGGUAAUGCCAGCAUAAUCAGUAUCUGGACCUGGGUGACCGAGAUUCUAAUAUUCAGUGUGGUACCUUUAGCUGCUUUAGUAUUUAACAUUUUAGUAAUAAUUGAAAUAAGAGCACUAUCGUCUGGUGGACCUGCGCACUUAGGACCCGGAAGCGGAAGUAGUCAAACAGCAUCGACUGUGACAUUGCUAUGUGUUUCGUUUUACCUUAUAUUUACUUGGUUGCCAGCCACUGUGGUGUAUUCAAUACAAAUGGCGAUACCACUUGGAGGUGUAUAUCUUACGGAUGACCAAAUCAAGAUUGAUCCAACUUGGUCAAGUUACUUUACAUAUUAUAUCAUUAGAAAGAUCCUAGAAGAGUUUACUAUUUCUAACUCUGCUUGCUAUUUCUUCAUCUACUACAUUACUGGUAAACAUUUCCGACAGGAAACUAAAGAUAUUCUAGGAGUAGAUAAAUGCUGUCAAAAGCGACAAGGAAAGACAACUCUGUCUGGAUAUACAACUGUAAAUACUACUCAAGUUAUAAAUGGAAAUGCUACUAAUGUGUAG